CGCAUUUCUUCCGCAAGGAUCGUGCUCACUGUCACUUUGGUGCGCAUAAAUUUUCUGUGAGUUUGUGGCCCGUGUGCAAGAAUGCUCGUGGUGUGUGACCGUGGUUGUGGAGGUGGUGCUGGUGUGGUGGUGAUGGGAAGAGGCUUUGAUGAGUGAGCGCAGGUGUCUCCCGCUCUCCUCGCCCCAGUCAGCUAUUAAGUGGUGGGCUUUGCUGGCUGUUCUCUGCUUCAUCAUAUCAGAGCAACUGUGACCUCGAACAUGCACAUAUGGACUGGCAAACACAAGCAGACCACUCUACUGACACUAUAAAGCCGCAUUGUGUCGCGUAUCACCGUGUCGUGUAUAGAGGAAGGAAGUACGACAAGACAAUAACACGCAGGAAGUGGAGCUUUAACACACAUGGGCGGGAUGGAGGAAGGGAAGGAUCGAGGGAGCUGCUACUUGUUGAAUGUUGCAAGAUUACGUGUUAUUUAUGCAAGCUUCCCAUCGCAGCGGAAUUUGACUGUGACGGCAUUCUCCUUGGGUGUGAACGCACGGAGGCACUCACUUUCGACUCUGGAGAGGACGUGAGAGGUAGUGUUUUGUGCACCACUUGAGGCGCGUGUUCACCAACACACCCAGUGCACCCCUUCCCUCAGCCACCAAGGCCGUCACAGGUGCCGCUGGUGUCGUUGUGAGUCACAGUAUCGCGCCUCAGAAUCCGGAAAGAGAGAGAGUGGAUGUGAGUGAGCUGCCCCGCUCCGCCCCGCCCCGCCACCGCCUCCUCACCUGCCGAGCGCCGUGGGACAGCCAUGGACCUCCACAACCACGUCCCGGACCACGACGCGGUGAACCCUGAAGGUCUAUCAGAUGUCCCCGCCGAGUACCCGAUGUCCUCCCUGCUGGAUGGCUUGCCUGAGACACAGCACAACCAGCUGCUGGAGAUGCUGCACGUUCCUCUGCUGCACGGGGGUGUGAAGGAGGCGUUUCUGUUGCCCUCCUUCACCACCUCCGACACCCCGUCCUUCGCCCUCGCCUGCUUCCUUCUCGCCAUCACCGCCUGCCUCCUUGAGCUCCUUCGUCUGGCUGUAUGGUACGUGGAGGGGCAGUACAUGUCAGAUGGUAACAGCGCUGGUUCCUCCUCCUGUGCCUGCAAACAAUGUACUCUGUCAGUUCUCAGUCUGGGCAACGAAAGGAAGAGCUACAACACAAUGCAUGAUGUACAAGACGUGGACGCCUCCUCGGGUGCCAUUCCUGCCGCCACCGAGCCUUCCUCGUCUUGCCUGUGCAGAUGUUUGGCCUUGGCGAGCGUGGGCGUGCUGCAGUUCUUCACAUACCUUGGCUCCACGCUUCUCAUGCUCGUCGCCAUGACCAUGAACAUCUUCCUCAUCCUGUCCCUCGGGGUGGGCGCCUCCCUCGGGAAGCUCACUACUCUCUAUCUGAAGCGGCAUCUGAAGGAAGCUCGGAAGUAACACCACCUUCCUACUUCAACUUCGUCCUCGUCUUGUCUUGUCAUCUACUGGUACCCUUUUCCUCUUACCACAAUCGCCUCCUCCUCCUCCUCGUCCUCCAUGUCCUUGUCUUCAACCCACAAGCAUCUUUCUCCCCCUCAUCAUCCUUGAAAGGCGUGGGAGUGUGAUCUAUAACCCUGGUGACGUCCUAUGCUGUGAUCGCACGCGUGGCAUCCUCCUGUAAGUCACGUCUCCACGCCCUAAGCCGCCAGAUCAAGCCAGGCAUCUCAGUGAGGGUCAUACAAGGCCAUCCCACACUUCACCCUCUUGUCCCACGGCCCCGAUACCUGACAGCACUUGACACCCGCCUCCUGGGUCUGAUACACGUUGCGGCAGCUGCUUCCUGGUGCCUCUUGGGGAAGGAGGAGAAGAGGGAGAGUGAGGUCUUGCCAUCAGCCUCCCCUCGCCACCCUGAAGGAGGCUCCUGACGGUAUGGCUCUGUCUCAAGUGGUAGAGUACAUGUAGCUGUCUCCUCCUGUCUCUUCCUGUCUCUUAACUCCCCCGUCAAGAGUCUCCCGUGGUUCAGGAGCUCUCCACCGCCUCCUACAGACGCAGAAACACACACACACACACAAACACACACGGCUGUCAGACCAAGUGCCUUAAUUCCCUUGACGUGGGGAGAACACACACACACACACACACACACACACAUAGUCAAUGGCAGCGUAGGGAAGUGCAUACUGUAGCUCCUGUAUCCAUAGAGACUAAUAUCAUGUAUACUACUGGUGCAUGUGUAUUCUGAGAGCUGUAGCUGUAUGUAUAACCACAGGCUUAUCUGUAUACAUGUAGACCUUGUUUCUCCCUGAUAAUACAAUAUACUUUUCUCA